AUGCCUGUGUUGCUUAAUGCCGACGUCUCCUUCAGCUCCAAGCAGGAGCUCCUGGACGUUCAGGACUGCCCUCUCAGCGGGGGCCCCUCUCUGAACACCCCUAGCCCCCCAGACUCCCAGACAGGCAGCCCAGUAGGCUCAGCCCCGAGAAGUACUGGCACACCGGGGCAGCUAUACAGGGUCAACACGAGACCCACCCCGGAGGCUCCCUUGGGGUUAAAGCUGAUCUCAACCGAGGCGGAUCAGCUAUGUGGCUGGGGGGCCCUGACGCCCACAGCCAUCCAAGGGUUCAACACCCCUCGCUGGGUGCUGUUCUUCCUAUGCGUGGCUUCUUUCCUCCAAGGGAUGAUCAUCAACGGCUUCAUCAACACGGUGGUGACCUCCAUCGAGAGGCGCUUCGACCUGCGCAGCUACCAGGCCGGCCUCAUCGCGAGCAGCUACGACAUCGCCGCCUGCGUCUGCCUGGCGUUCGUCAGUUACUUCGGCGGGACAGGACACAAGCCUCGCUGGCUGGGGUGGGGUGUGCUGAUCAUGGCUGUGGGUUCUCUUGUGUUUGCCUUGCCUCACUUCACCACCCCCCUGUACCAAGUCAGUCUGACGGAGCCAACAGUCAUGUGCUCGGACAACCGCACCAGCCCGUGCCGGGACAAAGAGGGCGGGGGACUGUCCAGCUAUCGGUUUGUGUUCAUGCUGGGGCAGUUUCUACACGGUGUGGGGGCCACGCCUCUCUACACACUGGGGGUCACAUACCUGGAUGAGAACGUCAAGUCCAACUAUGCACCUGUUUAUAUUGGGAUCUUCUACACAGCAGCCAUUGUGGGCCCAGCAGCGGGCUAUCUGUUGGGGGGAUACUUCCUCAACAUGUACACUGAGAUCCACCUGAAGACAGAGAUGACUCCAGAUAACCCUCUGUGGGUGGGGGCCUGGUGGAUUGGAUUCCUGGCAGGAGGAGCAGCAGCUCUGCUGGUAGCAUUCCCCAUCCUGGGCUACCCACGACAGCUUCCUGGCUCUCAGGAGUACGUGGCCAUGCGGGUUUCUGAAGCCCACCAGCUGAAGGAUGGCAGCCACACCACAGCCGCAGACCCUCAGUUUGGAAAAUCAGUCAAAGACAUGCCAAGGUCCGUGCUGCUCCUCUUAAAGAACCCCCCCUUCCUGUUCCUGUGCCUGGCUGGGGCCACGGAGGCCACCCUCAUCGCAGGCAUGUCCACCUUUGGUCCAAAGUUCCUGGAGUCUCAGUUCAACCUCAGUGCAUCAGAAGCUGCCACAUGGUUCGGAUACAUGGUGGUACCAGCAGGCGGGGGGGGCACCUUCCUGGGUGGCUACAUCGUAAAGAGAAUGAACCUGCGCUGUCGAGGCAUCAUCCGUUUCUGCAUGGUGUGUGCCAUUGUAAGUCUCCUCGCCAUCUUCAUCUUCCUCAUCCACUGCCCCAACGUGCCAAUGGCCGGUGUCACAGCACCAUACCAGUACGACCUGAUGGAGAAACACCAGCUGGACCACUCUUUGGAGGAGACCCUGACGGUGGGCUGUAAUGCCGGCUGUGGUUGUGUCAGAGAGCUUUACAACCCGGUGUGUGGGGCAGACGGUGUGAUGUACUACUCCCCCUGCCACGCUGGGUGCAGCUCCGUCAACCACACCGACCGCCUCACAGGCAAACAGGUGUACUCAGGAUGCAGCUGUGUGGUGGGAAAUGUGUCCAGGGCCGAGGAGGGCUUGGCUCUGAGAGGGAAGUGUGUAAGCUCCUGCCACCACAUGCCAGCCUUCCUCUCCUUCCUCUUCAUCAUCAUCUCCUUCACCUUCCUCUGUAGCAUCCCAGCACUCACCGCCACGCUCCGGUGUGUGCCGGACAGCCAGAGAUCCUUUGGACUGGGAAUCCAGUGGAUCGUAGUGCGCACGUUAGGUGGUAUCCCAGGACCCAUAGCCUUUGGCACUGUGAUCGACAUCUCCUGCUUGCUGUGGCAGGACAGGUGUGGCGAGCAGGGCUCCUGCUACCUCUAUCACAACUCAGCCAUGAGUCAGUACACACUGAUAGCUGGAAUUAUCUAUAAGGUUUUAGGGAUAAUCUUCUUCUUGUUAGCCAGCAUCCUGUACCAGCCCCCCCCUGAGUCGCCUCAGAGCAGCUGUGAGAGCACGGACCACGGGGGGGGGGAGCUGAGCGACCUGCCUGUCAAAGACCUGCCUGAAGACGGCGUCAUUGUCAACCUGCACGCCAGGUUAUGA